AUGCUCCAGCAAAAUUACGAUGGUUGCAAAAACCCAUUUGUGGUUUAUGGACCUGAACUUACUAUAUUAUCAUGGAACAAAAAAGAUAACACAUUAUCUAUGAGUUCUUCGGUUAACGCUACAAAUGUAGAAUGGUGUUAUAGUGAUUCAAAUUAUGAGGAUGCACUUACUAUUCAUCCAUAUUCCCAACCGGAUCAAUGUUUGGCCGCCCCUUUGAAAGAGGGAGAUCCCGUAUCUGUUAUUAAUUGUGUAGUCGAAAGUCAGGAGCAAUUAAUGGGAAUAUCAUGGACAUUAUAUGUCGGAAGUUAA